AUGACUGAUGCUAAUAUGUCAGUGGUAACUCCGUGCCGGACAGUAGAAGAGGUGAACGAGGCUGUGGAUGACAUUAACACUGUUGUCCAGGAUUCAGCCAAUCAGAACAUCUCUAGUUUCGCCCCGCAGCCCAACAUCUCCAGGAAACCACCACGUCACAUCCUCGCCCUGAUCACAGUGAACGGAGACCAGUUGGCACCCCUUUUAUCCGGCGAUCGGAUGGGCGAGUGGUGGGUGUUAACCGCUUCCCCCAAUUAA